UGUGAAUCUGAUGCAGCAGCUUAAAAGUCACCUGAUCUACAGGAGCUUCUUCAUUCAGAAAGAUUUGAAGCCUCGGUCAGUUUAUGUUCGUCUCUACAAUAAUAAAUAUUACUCAUAAUCACUGUGAAGAGGAACAACUCGCUGCUCGCCUACAAACUAAACUGCAGUCUCACCUGUUUGUCCACUUUGAUGCACGUGAAGACGAGCUCUUGGGUCCUGGAUGAAGCUGACUGAGAAACAGAAACAAACCAACAGGUCUGACGGUUGCUGGAAAAACUGCAGAAACAACUUUUGAGUUCUGGAUCUUCUGACAUAAAUAAAAUGAACUUAUUCCUCCUCCUUCUUCACCUGACCUCCACUUUUAAGGGAACAUUAACUGAUGAAACACCUCCACCUGUUCAUGAAAUGGAAGAAGAAGACAACUUCACCCUCAGAUGGGACAGCCUGACCCAAACCAACAUGUCUGUCACCAACAUGAUCUGUUUUCUCCUCCUGAGUCCUCCUAAAGUUCUGUAUGAAAUGCUAAAUGGAGCUGAGGUCCCAGAGUCUCAGGACGGGCGGUUUUCAGGACGAGUUCAUUGUGACAGGGACGCUCUGAGAGAAGGACGACUGAGACUCCAUCUGUCCAGACUCAGGACUGAAGACUCUGGAAGUUACCGCUGUGAUCUGGUUGCUGGGUAUAACCAGAUGUUGAGGAGAUGGGAGCUGAAAGCUUCAGUAAACUUUGUCCUCAACGUGACCAAAAUGUCUCAUGGAGACAGUUCUGUGUCUCUGACCACACCAAAGCCGGAACACAUACAGACUUUAGGUGGCCCAGCUGUUACCAUGUCAACAACGGACGCCAUACUGGUUACAACACUUCUCUUGGUAGUUUGUGCAGUCCUGGUUUUCCUUGGAUCACUUGGAGGAAAAUGCAAAGAUCUGACCAAGGAUUCAGAUGAAUUAGUGGACAUACGUAUAAACAAGAAUGAGGAGAUGAACCCCAUAAUUAACCACUCAGCUGAUCGUCUUCCAUCGAGAUCUGCUUCAGAUGUUCAGGACCAUUUCUUUGCAUGGUCUCUGUACUGAUGUUUGGAUCCAGAAACUCUUCUGAUCAUUUACCUUCAGAUUAUUAAACAGAAGUGUAAUU